AUGGUAAACUCGACCGAGCCAAUCUUCAUUACGCCAGACGGCACCAUCUACAUCGGCGGCGGCGAUGACGCCAACUGCACCGUGUCCGUGUGCCCGAUCGACAUGAGCGUCUACGGCUACCGACCGUCGCUUGGUGCCAGCGGUGCCCUCAUCGCGCUGUACAGUCUCUGCAUCAUCGCUCAGGUGCUCCUGGGAUGGCGGUACCGGGCAUGGGGAUUCAUGAGUCUCAUGGUGCUGGGCUGCGUCGACGAGAUCAUCGGAUACGUGGGGCGGAUCUUGUACUGGCAGAACCCGUGGGCGCAGCCUGGGUUUAUUAUCCAGAUUGUCUUGAUCACCAUCGGGCCCGUUUUCUUCUGUGCCGCCAUCUACGUGUUGCUCGCUCAGAUCGUCAAGUACAUCUCCCUCUCAUCCUCACGCUUCGCCCCCAAAUACAUCUACUGGAUCUUCAUCCCCUGCGACAUCAUCAGCCUGGCCCUCCAGGCCGCGGGCGGGGGCCUGUCAUCCUCAUCGGACGGCGGAUCCCAGUCGGGCGUCGACAUCGCCCUCGCGGGAUUGGGAUUCCAGGUCUUCACGCUCGCAGCAUUCGUGGUGCUGGCCAUCGACUACGCCAUCCGCAGCCGCGCCGUGUGGAUGUCCGUCCCCCGCCUGCCCCGGCGCUUCGUCGUCUUCUGCGGGUUCCUGUCCGCGGCGACGAUCCUGAUCCUCAUCCGUUGCUGCUACCGCGUCUACGAGCUGAGCGGGGGUUAUUCGCGCGACAGCGACGCGUUGAGGGAUCAGACGCUGUUUAUCGUCUUUGAGUCUGUAAUGAUCAUCGUCGCCUCCUUCUGCCUCAUCCCCGCCCACCCGGGCUUCGUCUUCAAGACCGGCCACGAACAACUCAUCCCGGACGACGAGGCCAUGGCCGAAAAGCGCAUCUCUCCCACCAUCAGAUCAGCCAGUGACUCGCCAGAAUAG